AUGGCUCGAAAAGCACGGCAGAGGCAGAAUGCCACAAAGGGAGCCGAAGGCGAUGCCACCGAAGCUCCUGCUGCCACUGGCAUACCACUCAACAGCUUCGCUAAGCACAGAUAUCCAAGUACAGCUUUUCAGUACAUCACCAACAUUAGCGUUCAAAGGGCUCUGCAGCUUGUCAUAGUGACCGCCAUCUAUUCUACGGUCUCCCAGUCCAACUUAGCUCCGGUAUACGGCUCAAUACCUUCGAGUUUAUAUCAUCGAUAUGGCUGCAUAGCGUCCAUCUUCCUCGCCUUCGGUAUUCGUCGUCGACUGCCUACCUGGGUUAACAAAUGUGUGCCAACCUGGGCUUUCUGGAUUCCUACCGUCCAGUUCGCGAUCACUAGCUACAGUGACGCCCUGGGUCCAGUCUUUGGACCUGUAUUGACCGAGCUGAUCACCUACUACCCUCUACUAGUACUGGCCUUCUACGUUAGUAUUGAUUUGUUCUACUCUACACAGGAUCCGGAUACAGUGUCAGGUCUCUCUGAGGCGACACCAGCCUGUGUGCUCUUUGCUAUCUUCUCAUUCAUCCAGCGCAGCUCUCGAGAUUGGCUCGCGCACUGGGUUGGCACCUAUGCCGUCUUCUCGCGCAUCGGCCUGCAGCUGGCAGCUGGACUACUGUAUUGCAUGAUUCUACCACGAAGCUUGUUCUGGCCUGCUUUUCCUUCGGUCAUCUAUACAUUCCUGGGCAAUUCCCACACGCCGUUGAUCUCGACCACGGAAUUGCUCAACAAUACUCUCGCACUGCAUGACUAUACACUACUCGAGCGAGCUGAGUCCGUGUCUGGUUAUAUCUCCGUACUAGACUCGAAUAAGGACGGCUUCCGUGUCAUGCGCUGCGAUCACUCUCUGCUAGGUGGAGAAUGGCUCAACCCACCAGCCCCUUCAUCUAAUGAUCCACCUCGGCUGGUUGGUGAACCCAUCUACGCCGUCUUCACCAUGCUGGAGGCUGUCCGACUCGUGGAGCCAGCUCCUGUCCUCGCAGCGCCGCGAAACGAAAGCCGAGCUCUCAACAUCGGACUAGGCGUCGGUACCGCACCGUCUGCUCUGAUGGCGCACGGCAUUCGCACUACAGUCCUCGAGCUCGACCCUGCAGUCCACCAUUUCGCAGUUAAGUACUUUAGCAUGCCCACAAACCACUACUUCGCGCACGGCGAUGCUGUCGGCUGGGUCGAGUCGCGUAAGAACCAUCGUGCCGGCGAGUUCGACUACAUCAUUCACGACGUCUUCACGGGCGGCGCUGAACCUGUACCUCUGUUCACCCAGGAGUUUCUCAGCGGACUACACAUGCUGUUGCGGUCCGAUGGCGUCAUCGCAAUCAACUAUGCCGGUGACCUGAAGACGCCGAGCGCUUCGCUCAUCUACCGAACAAUCACAUCUGUCUUCGGAGACGGGUGCCGCGUGUUCCGCGAGGAGCCCGCUCCGAACAAGGAAGUCAACAACGAAGGAGACUUCACAAACAUGGUUUUCUUCUGCCGCAAGCAUCCAGACGGUCUAGCCGUGAAGUUUCGCAAGCCCGUCACUGCCGAUUUCCUCGGCUCGAGCUUGAGGAAGUCAUAUAUGAUGCCACAGCAUGAGAUCCUUCCGGAAGCCUUCGAUCGCGCUGGAGGGAUUCUGACGCGGAAGAACACGAAGAUUCUAGAGAAACCAGAUCGCCUCCCGCUUUCCACCCGAUAUCCUCAAAACCUACCUCACCAACAUCUCCCACAUCCAGACCCUCUUCCGCAACGAAAUCACCCGUCGCCGCUUCAAUACCUCAAACCCCAACACCCGACCUCUUCGACAACGUCCCCCUUAAUAAUCCACCACACCUUCCCCGCCGGCAUCAACUCCAACGCCUUCAUCAGCCCCUAUAACAAACUCGCCCGCUGGUUCACCCAACUCGAAGCCUCUGGCGCCUUCCCCGCAACGACCCGCGACCCCAACUUUCCACAGUACGCCGUCUGCAAAACCCUCCAACCCGCCGAUGGCUGGGGCUCGAAAGAUGAGAUCCUGUAUUUGAGGGCGAGGGGGGUCAGGCAUGUGGUGCUGUGUGGGUUGACGACUGUGGGGCCGGUGUUGGGGAGUGCGAGGCUGGCGGCGGAUAUGGAUUUUCAUGUUGUGGUGGUGAGGGAGGGGGUUAUGGAUGAUGAGGAGGUGGUGGUUGGGGAGUUCCUGUUGGAGAGGGUGUUGGCGAGGUUUGCGGAUGUGGUUGGGAUGGCGGACCUGGAGGAGGUGUUCGUGAGGCAGGCCGCGAGUUGA